UUUUAAAAUAAAAAAAGACAAAACAAAAGCUAACAACUCGAAUCAAUAUUUCCUCUGCUAUAUCCUCAUAGCAACGGCGGCAACAGCAUAACAAGAAGAAUCAGAAGUUGCAGAGGAUAAUGGAGCAGGGAAAACAAGCAAUCAUGGUACCUAAUCAAAAUCCAUUAAAGCAAUUGGAGCUUAAGUACAAGGAAUUCGAGACUGGUUUCAAGUCUUGGCUAUCCAAACAGUCUUUGCCUGUAGAGGCCGCCGUCGUUACUGCAACCUCCGCCAUCCAAGGCGCUGCUAUUGGUGGCUUUAUGGGAACCCUAACUAACGACGUUUCUUCCUCUUUUCCUACUCCUCCUCAGGCCAACUUAGACCCUCAGGCUAUGGCUUCUCUCAAGCAAGCCCAGGCCUUAUCUGGAGGUCCCUUGGUACAAGCUCGAAACUUUGCUGUCAUGACAGGUGUCAAUGCGGGCAUUUCUUGUAUCAUGAAAAGAGUGAGAGGCAAGGAGGAUGUUCAAUCCAGCAUGGUAGCAGCUUUUGGAUCUGGAGCCAUGUUUUCAUUGGUUAGUGGCAUGGGUGGCCCAAAUCAAGCUGCCAAUGCAGUCAGUUCUGGACUAUUUUUUGCACUUGUUCAAGGUGGGCUUUACCAGUUAGGGCAAAAGUUCUCUCAACAACCACAAGCAGCUGAAGAUACAAAUUAUGUCAGAACAAGGACCAUGUUAAACAACCUUGGCCUACAGAAAUAUGAGAAAAACUUUAAGAAAGGCUUCUUAACAGACAGCACUUUGCCAUUGCUAACCGAUAGUGCUCUUAGAGAUGUCAGGAUCCCACCUGGACCAAGGCUCCUUAUUCUUGACCAUAUUCAGAGGGACCCUGAGCUGAAAGGAAAGCAAGGAAGACGUGCUUGAACUUUUUUGCAGAAGCAAGUGGGUCGUUGGAGAGAACUUUCAUUUAGCAUGAUAGAGUAGUAGUUCCUGCAGUUACUAUGUUCUUUUUUCCUUCUGUGACUUAUCCUUCCCAACUGUGAUUGUUUGUUACGUAGAAGUUUCUCUCUGAUGAGAUGGUUCUAUUUA